GUGAGAGUUGCGAGUUCAAGAUAGCCUCAGCCUCUCCCAUCUAGGCUUCUUUCGUCGCGUGCCAGCGUCAACAUCCAGCCGUUCUCACUUCCCUCUGAGAAGAUCAACAGGCUGCCUGCUGUGCCUUGACCUUUUUUUAAUCCUUUGACUCGUUCUCCUCCUGGAGUCUCGCCAUCAUGCCGCCCCCGCCGCACAUCAAGCCUGAGAAUGUUCUCAAGCGCGCCCAAGAACUCAUCGCCGUGGGCCAAACCCCCGCCGCCCUCAAUGUCCUCCACGAACAUGUCACCUCCAAGAGGACCCGCAAUACCCCCAUCGUCUCCCUCGAGCCCUUGAUGAUGCUCUUCGUUGAGCUUUGCGUCGAUCUCCGCAAGGGUAAGGCCGCCAAGGAUGGCCUCUACCAGUACAAGAACAUUGCCCAGAACACCAACGUCGGCAGCAUCGAGAUCGUCCUCAAGAAAUUCAUCGAACUCGCCGAGAAGAAGGUCACCGAGGCCCAGGCCAAGGCCGACGAGAUCCAGUCCUCCCUGGAAUCCGCCGCUCCCUCCACCAACGUCGAGGAUCUCGAGGCCAUCGAGACCCCCGAGACCAUCCUCCUGGCUACCGUCUCCGGUGAGCAGUCCCGCGAUCGCACCGACCGCGCCGUCGUCACCCCCUGGCUCAAGUUCCUCUGGGAGACCUACCGUACCGUCCUCGAGAUCCUCAAGAACAAUGCCCGCCUCGAGGUCAUGUACCAGAGCACCGCUCUCCAGGCCUUCCAGUUCUGCCUCAAGUACGCCCGCAAGACCGAGUUCCGCCGUCUCUGCGAGCUGCUCCGCAACCACGUCCAGAAUGCCGCCAAGUACGCCGCCCAGAUGCACGCCAUCAACCUCAGCGACCCGGACACCCUCCAGCGUCAUCUCGACACCCGCUUCCAGCAGCUCAACGUCGCCGUCGAGCUCGAGCUCUGGCAGGAGGCCUUCCGCUCCAUCGAGGACAUCCACACCCUGCUCUCCCUCAGCAAGCGUCCCGCCAAGAACGUCAUGAUGGCCAACUACUACGAGAAGCUCGCCCGCAUCUUCCUCGUCUCCGAGAACUACCUCUUCCACGCCGCCGCCUUCAGCCGUUACUUCAACCUGCUGCGCCAGUCCGCCGUCGCCCUCGCCGCCGGCCAGGGCUCCCGCAAGGAGAACCCCGCCGUCUCCGAGGCCGAGCUCACCAAGACCGCCUCCUUCGUCCUGCUCUCCGCCCUCGCCAUCCCCGUCAUCAGCACCUCCCGCUCCCGCGGCGCCCUGGUCGACGUCGACGAGGCCCGCAAGAACAAGAACGCCCGUCUCACCAACCUGCUCGGCAUGGCCCAGCCCCCCACCCGCGGCGUUCUCUUCCGUGACGCCCUCAACAAGGGCAUGCUCCAGCGCGCCCGCCCCGAGAUCCGCGAACUCUACAACAUCCUCGAGGUCGACUUCCACCCGCUCUCCAUCUGCAAGAAGAUCAACCCCAUCCUCCAGCAGAUCGGCGCCGACCCCGAGAUGGAGAAGUACGUCCUGCCCCUGCAGCAGGUCAUCCUCACCCGUCUCUUCCAGCAGCUCUCCCAGGUCUACGACUCCGUCGAGCUCAAGUUCGUCUAUGAGCUCGCCCAGUUCCCCGCCCCCUACCAGAUCACCCCGGCCAUGAUCGAGAAGUUCAUCAUGAACGGUUGCAAGAAGGGUGACCUCGCCAUCCGCGUCGAUCACCUCGCCGGCGUCCUCACCUUCGACACCGACAUCUUCUCCUCCGCCAAGGCCCUGCACGCUGGCUCCGCCGCCGGCUCCGCCGAGGCCGAGGUCGGCUCCAUCCAGCGCCUCCAGCACACCCCCGCCGAGAUCGCGCGCAUGCAGCUCACCCGCCUCGCCAAGACCCUGCACGUCUCGUGCAUGUACGUCGACCCGGCCUACCACGAGGCCCGCCUGCAGGCCAAGCGCGCCGCCCACGAGCGCGCCCGCGCCGGGGCCGCCGCCGAGCACGACGACACCCUCGCCCGCCGCCUCGUCAUCGAGCGCCGCCGCGAGGCCGCCACCGACGCCCUGCAGCGCAAGCAGCGCGAGGAGGAGACCCGCAAGCGCAUCCGCACCCAGCAGCUCCAGGAGGCCGAGAAGCAGCGCCUGCUCGACGAGCAGCGCGAGCGCGAGAAGCGCCGCAUCAAGGACGAGCAGGACCGCAUCCGCCAGCAGGAGCUCAAGAAGCAGAUCGAGGAGCUCAAGAGCGGCGUCAAGGGCAUCGACAUCAGCGAGCUCGACCUCGACGAGCUCGACGCCAACCGCCUGCGCGCCAUCAAGCUGGCCUCGCUGGAGAAGGAGAAGAACGAGCUGCAGGACCGCGUCCGCACCACCGCCAAGCGCAUCGACCACCUCGAGCGCGCCUUCCGCCGCGAGGAGCUCAAGCACAUCCCCGAGGACUACGAGCGCCAGCAGCAGCACGACCGCGAGCUGCACGACGCCCAGACCGCCGCCACCCUGCGCGAGGCCGAGGCCCACCACCGCGAGGCCGUCGCCCUCAAGCACCGCCUCGGCCGCCUCGUCCCCACCUUCUCCGGCUUCCGCCAGGAGGUCUCCGAGAAGCGCCACGAGGAGUUUGAGCGCCGCCGCAAGGCCGCCGAGCGCGAGUUCGAGGCCAAGAAGCGCCAGCGCGUCAAGGAGGUCCAGGAGCGCCGCCGCCGCGAGCGCGCCGAGCGCGAGGAGGCCGAGCGCCAGCAGGCCGAGGAGGAGGCCCGCCUCGAGCGCGAGGCCGAGGAGAAGGCCACCCGCGACGCCCAGCGCCGCCAGGAGUUGGCCGAGGAGAAGGUCCGCCGCGAGGAGGAGCGUCGCAAGCUCGACGAGAUCGCCGCCAAGCAGCGCCAGCGCGAGGAGGAGGCCGAACAGCGCCGCCUGGGCCGGGCCUCCGGCGCCCCCGCCCCCGCCGCCGACCACGGAGCGCCCGCCUCGACCGAGCGGGUGGCCCCUCGCCUCAAUCUGGCGCCCCGGACGGGUGGUGCCGGCGCGAGCUGGCGCGAGCGCCAGGCCGCCAAGGAAUCCGCCCCUGCUGCCCCCGCCGAGUCCGAGCCCGCCCGCGCCGCCCCUGCGGCACCCGAGGCCCGUCCGGAGGAGGCCGCCGCGCCGCCCGCGCGCCGCCCCGGUGGCUACGUGCCGCCGCACCUCCGUGGUGCCGGCGGGGCCGCCCCCUCGACGCCCCCUCCCGCCUCCCCGUCGCCGCGUCCCUCUCGCACCGAGACCCCUCCCGCCCCAGAGUCGCGUCCCGCCCCGGAGUCGCGCCCCGCGGCCGGUGGCUCCAAGUGGGUUCCCCGGUGGAAGCAGCAGCAGGACCAGUAAAUCGUCCAUCCGAGCUUUAAUUUAAAGGGACGAACGAGCCAAAAAAAAAACCAAGGAAACGAGAACCAAACGACCGUACAGAGAGGGAAAAGUUAGUUGAAUUUUUCUGAGUCUCUUUUUCAUAGUGUGUGAUCUGAUCUGAUCUUUCAAUCUUUUUCCUUCUUUGUUUUUUUCGUCAAUCUUGAUGUCCUGUCCUACUAUUUUGUUAGCAUUGCCUCAUGCCUCAUUUAGUGUUUCUUUCAUUUUCAUUAUCGUGGUUAUCUAUUUUAUAUUGUUUUUAUUUUCUCCUUGAGUUCAAGUAAGUGGUAUAUAGGAUGUCUAUCUGUCU